CGGGCCCACAGCCUCCGUGCGGCGGUUUCUCUGCGGCGGGAAACUUCGGCCUGUGAUCCGGUAGCUGAGUUAAAAGUGGCGAGAUGACGGACCGCUACACCAUCCACAGCCAGCUGGAGCACCUGCAGUCCAAGUACAUCGGCACGGGGCACGCCGACACCACCAAGUGGGAAUGGCUGGUGAACCAGCACCGUGAUUCCUACUGUUCCUACAUGGGCCACUUCGACCUUCUCAACUACUUCGCCAUUGCGGAGAAUGAGAGCAAAGCGCGAGUCCGCUUCAACUUGAUGGAGAAGAUGCUGCAGCCCUGCGGACCCCCAGCCGACAAGCCCGAGGAGAACUGAGACUUUGCCUGUCGCUGCCGGCCGAGGACGCCUCUCCCUGCAUUCCUUCUCGAGUGUUCCUGACUCCAGUGAACUGAUUCCCCGUGAUCCUGCCGCCCGCGCUUUCCGUGUACAAAACUGCUUGUCCGAGGGUGCCCCGCUUAACAUGCCUUUGGAACGCGGCAUUGAGAGACCAUCAGGACCCCUGAGAACUGUGCCACUGGAGAGGUCCUAGAGCUGGCGCAGAGCUGGCAAGCGUUAGGGAAGACGGCACUGGAGUACGACAGGAUUUGAAGCCUCGCUUUUGACUAGUUGAUUGUCGUUGUUUUUUCCAUAAAGUUUAGAAAUUGUUAA